AUGGAGCAGCACUCGUGUCCGCAAUGUGGCGCCACCUUUCCGAAGAGAACGCUGUUAAAGCGACAUGUGUUGCGCUCCUGCAAAUUCGUACGUCGUCAAUGCGACGUUUACGAGUGCAACUCUUGUCCAUAUCGAAGCAACUACAAAGCUAACAUCGAGCGGCACGUACGAAACUUACACCCGACUGGUACCGAGAGUCUUGAGUUCCAAUGCCAAUUGUGCGACUUUAGAAAUGACAUGAUAGAAGCUCUUUUCCAUCCUUGCCAAAUCAAACUUGAAUUGCAAGGAAAUCCUGCAGUACCAACACCCGUUCAAAAUAGACGUGGCAAGAUAACGCCACUCGAGUAUCAAAACUUCAUGUGUGGUCAGUGUGGCAAAGGCUACAAGUGGAUGGAGAAUCUCCAGAGACACCAGAGACUUGAAUGCGGGAAAUCGCCAAAGUUCGUGUACGAUACGAUGCUGACAAGUUUGUGGAUCACCCCAGCUGACGAAGCAGAGGUAGUGCCCGUCAAAAGCGAGAUCAAAAGCGUCGACGGUAGCGAGCCUUUGACCAGCAUAAUCGAAGAUAUGGAAGAAUUUUAUUUGCCAACUCCGCCGAGUUUCGAAUGCGAACAACUUUGGCCGCUCGCAACUACUCUCGCACUGUCAACUCGUAAGCGCUCCAGGCGUACUAAAGACUCGCCCCAGCAAAAGGAUCUCAAGUGUCUCAAUUGCAACAAGCAGUUUUCGAGAAUCGACAGCCUUAACAGGCACAAAAAACUCUACUCAAUCGUAAUUGAAGAAGAAUUCAUAUGUUUACCACCUGUAACCCAAAAAUCACAAGCCUUCGAUUUAUCUGCAGCAAGGGACGAACAAUUUGACGAAGCCAGUUAUAUAUAUCAGAGACAUGGGAAGACUUAUUUAGAACAGCCAAUUCAGAAGUUACACGAAAAGUACGGCGGCGAUGUACCGAAGUUUUUCUGCAAUUACUGCAAUUACUCGUGCACGUCGAAAUCGAAUAUGCUCAAUCAUAUAAGAACACAUUGCCUGACUACUGUCCGUAUCGAGCAUCCAAAGCAAUCCGAAAAAUCGUACAUAUGCGAAACGUGCGGCAAAGUCUACGCGUCAAAAGGUGGCUUGUGCAAUCAUAGAAAGUACGUGUGCGGAAAAGAGCCGAGUUUCUUUUGCAUGUAUUGCGACAGAAUCUUCGCGCACAAAGGAAACUUGAACGAGCACAUCAACAAUCGGCACAAGCCCAAUGACUCGUCAUUCAAAUAUCAGUGCCUGCUUUGCGGCAAAUCCUAUAAGUACAAGCGAGGUUUAGUGCGACACUCCAAGUAUGGAUGCAAACAGUUCGAGAGACUUACUCCCGCAACAAUCUCGUUUGCUGGACUAAAGACCACUUCGUUACAGAAACAAUAG